AGCAGCCCUUGCAGGGCGGCGCGCUCGGGCGCAUGCUGUGACCCUGACCCUGACCGGGCGGGGGGGGGGGGGCAUGGCCGGGCGCCCGCCGCCCCUGCGGCCCGCGGGGCUCGGGCCCCUGGCGGUGCUGCUGCCUUUGUCGCUCGCGGUCGUGGCGCAGGCUGAUUCCGACUGGGACGACCUGGCUCCCACCUGGCCCGAGGACUGGUCGAUGCUGCACCGCGUGGUCCUGGUUGCCUCCCUGGCCGUGUUCUCCGUCUGCGUGUGGUGCGUGGCGUGCUGCAUGUUCUGCCACCGCGUCUGCAGCCCCGCGGCG